AUGCCCGCUCGCCCAUCGUCCUGCUUUCCCCGCACUCAUUCUCCCUCGCUUUUCAUCUCAUCUCGUCCCGUCUGCCCUCCCUGUGCGGUGCAUCUGCCCCCUCGCCCCCCGUGUUACAGGUUCUGUGGUAACCACAUCCCAGAGACUGCAGCGCUGCGAGUGCCCUGCCCGGUCGACGCCUCCCAGUACGCUCGUCUCCUCUCCCCCUCCAUUCUGCGCCCCUCAUUUGUCUCCUCUCCCCACUCUCCUCCUCCUCUCACUCUCCUCUCCCCACCCCCUCCCCCCCUCACUCUCCUCCUCCCCUCAGCCGCGGCUGCAUCCGCCUCUGCUGGCAAGCGAGCGGCCUCAUCAUCAUCAGCAGCAGCAGCAGCAGCAGCAGCGGCAGCGAGGAGGCAGAUGGUGGCGGCGCUGGGGGAAGGCGAGUGGCAGCGCCUGCUGCACCUGCUGGGGGAGGCACAUGCAGUAGCCUUUGGGGGCCAUGGCGGUGUGCGUCUCCCUCCCCUGACCCCCUCGGGAGAAAAUGAGCAUGCAGAGAUGGUUCCUAGUGGGCAGGCAGCAGCACCAGCACUGCCGCCAGCAGCAGAAGCACCAAGAGCAGCAGCAGGAGCAGCGCCGCUGUUCACUGUGCAGCAGUCGGUGCUGUGGCCGCCUGCAUGUGACGCCUGGGAGCAGACUGCUCGAGACAUGGGCGGGAGUGUACCAUUUGAGCCGCGGCAUGUGAAGCAGCAGGCGUCCAUCCUCGCCAACCUCGCCCGCGUGGGGCUGCUGCGCCCCCUGCCGCGCCCGCGCACGGUUGAGCGCCCAGCAACACAGACAGGCGCGCAGGCAGAGAGGGGUGCAGUGGUGCAGGGAGACGCGCAGGGAGGCAGCACAGCAGGGCACGUGAGAGGGGCAGAGCAGGCAGGAGCGGGAGGGGCGGGGCAGCAGCGUGGGGGCGAGGAGGCCAAGGAAGCACGCCCGCAUGCCGGGGCUGCAGCCGUGCAGCACGGAGGGGAGGAGGCGGGGCGGCAGGGAGAGGAGAAGGGUCUGGCGGUCCCAGUGAAGGAGGGCGAGAGCAGGGGCGAUGGCGCGGUGGAUGAGGAGGGCGAGGGCGAGGGCGGGGGCGAGGGAGAGGGCAGGGUGUAUGUGGAGCUGGGCGCGGGCAGGGGGUACCUGACUCACAUGCUGUGCUCCUGCUUCCACGCCCGCCAUGUGGUGCUCGUUGAACGCCGCGCUUACAAGUUCAAGCACUUGGUGCAGGGGAAAGAACGAAUGGAGGAGCAACUCAAAGGUUCUCUUUUCCUUCUCCUUAGAAACAGGCAUGCCGAGUGGGGUUGGCACGCAUGUGACAUUCUCACUCCUCCUUUCCUCCCCUCUUUCCCCCUCUCCCAAACCCACGUUUUAGUUACUGAUCUUCUCCUCACCCUCUUCCUUCCCCUUCCCCUUCUCUCUCGUCCCGUUCCUUUCCUAUCUCUCUUCUUCUUUCUCUCCUUUCCUAUCUCUCUUCUCCUUUCUCUCCUUUCCUAUCUCUCUUCUCCUUUCUCUCCUUUCCUAUCCCUCUUCUCCUUUCUCUCCUUUCCUAUCUCUCUUCUCCUUUCUCUCCUUUCCUAUCUCUCUUCUCCUUUCUCUCCUUUUCUAUCUCUCUUCUCCUUUCUCUCCUUUCCUAUCUCUCUUCUCCUUUCUCUCCUUUCCUAUCUCUCUUCUCCUUUCUCUCCUUUUCGCGUGAUCACUGCCCUUCAUAUCUGCCCCACCCUCCCCUAUCUCUCCCUCACUCCCCACUUCCACUCUCAUUCCCACCUUAACUCCCACUUCUUCUCCCACUCCCCGCACCCCCCACCCUGCGCUCCUCUGCCCCUUCCCCUCUCCCCUUUUUCAUCUCCCCUCCCCCCGCUUUCUCUCUAUUAUUCUCUCUUUGACCUUCCCAUCUCUCAUUGA